GACAAAGCGGUCACGUCCCCAGAAAUGGCCCUCCUGGGAUGCAGGAUGCAGGCCCUGCCCGCACUCUGCCUCUCUGUGAUGCUCCUGGCCUGCCUUGUAGCAUCCGUGACUACAGAAAGCCUGAUCCCCACGCCUAGUCCUGAGAGCAGCCGUUGGAGCCUAGUAAGGGCCAGGGUGAUGGAGAUGGUGAAGCCGCUGGUGACCAGGACCAGGGACAGAUGGCAGUGGCUCUGGGGCCCCGGGGCUGUCCAGGGCUUUGUGCAGACCUACUAUGAAGACCAUUUGAAAGACCUGGGUCCCCGCACUCAGGCCUGGCUGGAAAGCUCCAGAGACCAGUUCCUGAACAAGACCCAGAGCCUCUGUCCUAGGCUGCUCUGCGGGGACCGGACUCAGGGUUAAAGUGCCACACACCUCCCCUGAGCACCUGCAAUAAAGCUGUUUGUUCUUAA